GCGUGUAGAGGACAGCAGAGUGAGGCGGUGAUGAAUCAUCAGAAGCAUGUUGGACAAGAAGUACUUCUACGAGUUGAGCCACAAACAGACAGCUCAUCUACACCCCCUGACACCACAGUGACAGUGGAUUUCUGUGGCAUGGCACUGUCAGAGCACAGUGUGAGCGCCUGGAGCUGUAAGCAGGUGGCCCAGUGGCUGCAGGAAGAAGGUUUUGGGGAGUAUGUGGAGUUAUUGUGCACCCAGCACCGCCUGGAUGGCCUCAGCCUGCUGGCUCUGACUGAGGCUGACCUGCGCGGGCCUCCGCUGGGCCUCACUGUGUUAGGAGACAUCAAGAGGCUGACCAUAGCCCUCCGUCGGCUCCAGAGACAGAACCAGGCCCAGCUGGAGGAGCUGGGUCUCAGACCUGCGGACAGUCUCCCUGCUGGACUCUCGCUAGGCGCCGCAGGGGUCGAGUGGGGCUGUGAUGGAGCCAACAGGAGGUAUAACGGAGGUGAUCGCUCUUGCAACGGGACUGAGCUGCGGCUGAGGAAUGGUGAUAGAUCUGGAUACGGUUCAGGAGAGGCCCUGUGUCAUACACACACCAACGGGAGGUGUAGAGAGAACCUAGCUGGUCGAUUGGACCCAGAGGUGUGGAAGACGGUCGUCAGUUCCUUAUAUGUCUUUUCUGUGUUUGGAUUCACAUCUUUUGUCAUGGUCAUCGUACACGAACGUGUCCCGGACACGAGGACAUACCCACCGCUGCCUGACAUAUUUCUGGACAGUGUUCCUAGAAUCCCUUGGGCUUUUGCAAUGGCUGAAGCCUGUGGCCUUAUCCUGUGUUACAUGUUUCUAUUGAUCCUGCUCCUUCACAAACACAGGUCCAUUCUCUUCAGACGCCUGUGUUCUUUGAUGGGAACUGUGUUUUUGCUUCGUUGUUGCACCAUGUUUGUCACCUCGCUCUCUGUGCCUGGGCAGCACCUGAAGUGUGCCAGUAAGACGUACGGUGAUACCUUGGGAAAGAUACAGAGGGCGCUAGCAAUCUGGAGUGGAUUUGGGAUGACUCUGACAGGCGUCCAAACGUGUGGAGACUACAUGUUCAGUGGACACACUGUUGUCAUCACAAUGCUCAACUUUUUUGUGACUGAAUACACUCCGCGAACCUGGAAUCUGAUUCACACCAUCUCCUGGGUGUUAAACCUCUUUGGGAUUUUCUUCAUCCUGGCGGCACACGAGCACUACUCCAUCGACGUUUUCAUCGCCUUCUACAUCACCACCCGCCUCUUCCUCUACUACCACACGUUAGCAAAUACCCGUGCUUACCAGCAUAGCCGGAGGGCACGCAUUUGGUUCCCCAUGUUCUCCUUCUUUGAGUGCAAUGUGAAUGGACCUGUCCCCAACCAGUAUCACUGGCCUUUCAACAAACCUGCCUUCAUGAAAACUCUGAUUGGAUAGAGGACACUUUCAAAGAUCAGUGGCUGCAAUGUGCAUUGUUAUAUUUAAGUGAAUAAGAAAUGUUACUACUUGCUUGCUUCAAAUCUUUAUAUAGUUAUAAGUUUAGCAAGUGGGAGUUUUCCCCCUCCUUUUUUUAAAUGGACUAUCUUUAUUCAAUUAUCUCAUAUUUAAAAGGAAUAGUUUGACAUUUUGGGAAAUGUGCUCAUUUGCUUUUUUACUGAAAGUUGGAUGAGAACAUUGGUUCACUGUCAUCUCAGUCCGUUAAAUCUGAACCAAGCCAGCAGCUGGUAAACUUAGUUUGGCAUUCAGACUGGAAACUGGGAAACCGUAAGGCUGGUAAAAAAUCCACCUACAGUACCAUCGCUUCUAAGGCUCACUAAUUAACAUUUGUUUAAUCUGUCCAAAAAAGUGUAAAAAUGUGAUGUGAAGAGACUCUGCUGCAAGUCCCCUCCCAGCCAAGAAGUAGUCUUACGCAUAACCUCCUGUAAUACUUUACACUACAGUUUUUUAUACAAAUGUGUCUACAGCUUUAGAUGUGAUGUUAGGUGGAUUUUAUUUAUUUAUUUUUUUACUUAUGGACAGAGCUAGGCUAACAGUUUGCCCCUGUUUCCACUCUUUAUGCUAAGCUAACGAGCUGCUGAUGGUAGCUUCAUAUUUAGCGUACAGACAAUAGUGGUUUUGAUCUCCUCUAACUCUUACAAAGAAGACAAAUUCGUGUAUUUCCCAAAAUGUUGAACAAUUCCUUAAAAUGUAAGCGUACACUGUCAAGUAAAACAAAGAAAUGUGGUUUAUUAGGCGCCCUAAAUGCUGCUGGUAUGAUUAUUUUCCUCUUGGUGAUUUAUUUGCCCUCUUUAAAUAAGUCUAGUCACUUUCUUCAUUCAUGUUCCACUUUGGGGAUUUUUUAAUAGUUCACUAGUGGUUUGGUUUGUUAGUCUCACUCAGCAUUUACAGCAGAGUGAUCAGGCUUCACUCAGCCAGUUGAUACCGUGGUUGUCGUCAUCUUAUCGGGAGUCGACGUGAUGACAGUUCACAUGUUUUGCUGCCAAGAGAUCUGACACCUGUUUGGUGACUAUUGCCAAAGGAUAAAGUGUUUCUUUUGAUGUGCAGUCAGAAAAACACAUCAUCUUCUCUAUUGUAAGAGGUAGUUUCAGUCACUGUUUUUUUUUUGUUUCUUUCUUUCUUUCUUUUUCCAUUUACACUUUAAGAAGUGAACCCUACAGCUUUGUUGUGUUUGAUAAUGUCACCAUUGGGAUAGCAAAGCGUCUUACAUUCACAGUUAAACAUUUAUUUUAAUGUUUUGCCAAGCAGCCCUUAGUAUGAUUAUUUCUUUUCCUAAUUUGAUACUGUGUUAUUGUUUUGUAUUUUAUUAUUAUUAUAAUAAUUUUUUACAGAUUGUUAAUUAUGUAAUGAGUGUAGAAGUGUAUGGCGCUGGAUUUUGCUGAAGUAUUGUACAGAAUUUUCCUCUGUUGCACAGUACAGGACGUUUUGUUAUUACAGCUGUUGACAAGCAGCUGGAUGACAAAGUUGUAGAAGUACAUUGUUUACUAUGUCAUGGUUGAUCCAAACUCUCUUAUUAAUAAUUGUUUACAAUUUGUGGCUUUAUUUGCAAUGCAAGUAAUCUAUCUCUGCCUUUUGGCUCAGCAUUAAAUGUUUACAGAAAAGGAAAAA